AUGCUUAACGUUACCCUGCAUUUCUUUUCUUUCUCAAGAUUGUGCACACUUCUUUCUUCAAUGACGGCACACAUCAUUCCCCCAACUUCUUGCCUGUUUUCUAUCUUUCCUUGUUUUACUGACACUUUUCUAUUUUUCCUUGUUUUACUGACACUUUUCUAUCUUACCUUGUUUUACUGGCAGUGUUUUCUAUCUUUGCUUGUUUUACAGACAGUGUUUUCUAUCUUUGCUUGUUUUACAGACAGUGUUUUCUAUCUUUGCUUGUUUUACAGACAGUGUUUUCUAUAUUUCCUUGUUUUACUGACAGUGUUUUCUAUCUUUCCUUGUUUUACUAACACUUUUCUAUUUUUCCUUGUUUUACUGACACUUUUCUAUCUUACCUUGUUUUACUGGCAGUGUUUUCUAUCUUUGCUUGUUUUACAGACAGUGUUUUCUAUAUUUCCUUGUUUUACUGACAGUGUUUUAUCUUUCCUUGUUUUACUGACACUUUUCUAUUUUUUCCUUGUUUUACUGACCUUCUAUCUUUUGUUUUACUGGCAGUGUUUUCUAUCUUUGCUUUUUUACAGACAGUGUUUUCUAUCUUUGACACAGACGGUUUUUCUAUCUUUGCUUGUUUUACAGGCAGUUUUUCUAUUUUUCCUUGUUUUACUGACAGUGUUUUCUAUCUUUCCUUCAUCUAUCUAUCUAUCUAUCUAUCUAUCUAUCUAUCUAUCUAUCUAUCUGUAUUUGCAAAUAAAUAGGUGUCCUCGUAUAGUCGUCUCUAUCCUUCUUAGCCUACCCCUGUCUAUCUAUCUAUUAAAUAAGUGCGUUUUACUUUUUAUUUUAUCUAUCUAUCUAUCUAUCUAUCUAUCUAUCUAUCUAUCUAUCUAUCUAUCUAUCUAA